AUGAAAUGCAACGUUUACCGACAAAGUAUUGGCGAAUGUCGACUUACACUACGAAGAAACAAUGAUUAUUGGUACGACGGUGAAAACAACAGUUAUAACUGUGCCGGAUUUGUACCAUCAAAUCGUGAGAUACAGCGCUUGAAUCACUCCGUUGAUUCAUCUUGUUGUUCAUUGAAGCCAAUCAUUUCGCUUCCAACAAAUCCACCAAAAAGUGCCCCACCAACUGGAGGUGGACCAACGCCGGUGGAUAACAUUGAAAAUCAACCGUCAUCAAGUGGUGUCAACGACGUUGAAGUAGUUGCUGCAACUGUUGCAACUGUUGAGCAUAAUAAAACCGCCGAAGGACGCUGUGAAACAUCAGAAAGUACAGAAAUUUUAAGUGAAAGUCCAAAAGAUGGCGAUGAAUCCAAUGAUCUCAUCAAUAAUCGUCCAACAGAUCUCAAUUUUACUGAUGCCAAAUCUGCAACCUGUGAAAGUGAUGAAUCUGAAUAUCGAAGAUUUAAAAGUGAAGGAUCUACAGUUGGCGUAUUUUCUGUGCCGGCACCAGAAAUGGAAGUUUCAAUAGAUGAUUUUUCGCCGAUACUUGAUCAUAAAAUGGCGCUACCAAAUAGGAUAACAUUAGAGCAACCAAAA